AUGGGGCCAUUCUCAGCUCCAGUGGAACCAGACGGAGGGUAUGUGGUGUGCAACACGAGGCAGAAAGGAAGAUGGGGGCCCGAGGAGAGGAAGAUGCACAUGCCCUUCCAGAACGGGAUGCCCUUUGACCUCUGCUUCCUGGUGCAGAGCUCAGAUUUCAAGGUGGUGGUGAACGGGAGCCUCUUCGUGCAGUACUUCCACCGCGUGCCCUUCCACCGUGUGGACACCAUCUCCGUCAAUGGCUCUGUGCAGCUGUCCUACAUCAGCUUCCAGCCUCCCAGUGUGCGGCCUGCCAACCCAGCUCCCAUUACCCAGACAGUCAUCCACACGGUGCAGAGUGCCUCUGGACAGAUGUUCUCUACUCCCGCCAUCCCACCUAUGAUGUACCCCCACCCUGCCUAUCCGAUGCCUUUCAUCACCACCAUUCCGGGAGGGCUGUACCCAUCCAAGUCCAUCAUCCUGUCAGGCACUGUCCUGCCCAGUGCUCAGAGGUUCCACAUCAACCUGUGCUCUGGGAGCCACAUCGCCUUCCACAUGAACCCCCGUUUUGAUGAGAAUGCUGUGGUCCGUAACACCCAGAUCAACAACUCUUGGGGGUCUGAGGAGCGAAGUCUGCCCCGAAAAACGCCCUUCAUCCGAGGCCAGAGCUUCUCGGUGUGGAUCUUGUGUGAAGCUCACUGCCUCAAGGUGGCCGUGGAUGGUCAGCACGUGUUUGAAUACUACCAUCGCCUGAGGAACCUGCCCACCAUCAACAAACUGGAAGUGGGUGGCAACAUCCAGCUGACCCACGUGCAGACAUAGGCGGCUCCCUGGCCCUGGGGCCGGGGGCUGGGGUGUGGCGCAGUCUGGGUCCUCUCAUCAUCCCCACUUCCCAGGCCCAGCCUUUCCAACCGUGCCUAGGAUCUGGGCUUUAAUGCAGAGGCCAUGUCCUUAUCUGGUCCUGCUUCUGGCUACAGCCACCCUGGAAUCGAGAAGGCAGCUGACUGGGAAUUGCCUUCCUCAGCCGCAGCAGCACCUGGGGCGCCAGCUGCUGGAAUCCUACAAUCCCAGAAGGCGGGCACAGCCAGGGAGAGGGGAGGGGUAGGCAGUGAAGAUGAAGCCCCAUGCUCAGUCCCCUCCCAUCCCCCACGCAGCUCCACCCCAGUCUCAAGCCACUAGCUGUCUGCUCCUGGUGGGAGAUGGCCUCCUCAGCCCCUCCUCUCUGACCUUUAACCUCAGUCUCACCUUGCACCCUGCACCAACCCUUCACCCCUCCUGGAAAGCAGGCCUGAUGGCUUCCCACUGGCCUCCACCAACUGACCAGAGUGUUCUCUUCAGGGGACUGGCUCCUUUCCCAGUGUCCUUAAAAUAAAGAAAUGAAAAUGCUUGUUGGCAC